CCAUAAACAUUCCAAACGAUAUGGCACUUUCGAUUUUACCGUAAACAAUAACAAAAGAACGAUAACUCUACCUUUAAACCCGAGAAAACACGUGUCCGCUGACAGCGUUGCUGUAUUAGUGUGUAUUUGAGUUACGCGUGCUGUAUUUACGUGGUAUGUAAAACCUCAAUGUAUAUAUAUACACAGGUCUAAUGAAUGAAAACUAUCACACGUGAAAGAGAGUGAUUGUAACAAACCUAAAAUUAAAAAUGUUUAUGAACUGGAUCUGGGAGAUACUGUAUUACAUUGGCUUUUAUAGGAGGGCAAAAUUAAUGAUAAUAGGAUUGGAUAAUGCCGGGAAAUCAACAUUACUUUCUCUGCUGAAACACGGAAAACUGGUUCAACAUCCGCCCACCCCCCGCCCAGUUUCGGAGGAAAUGACACUGGCUGGAACAACAUUUACAGCGUAUGAUUUAGGAGGUCAUCAGAUGGCCAGGAGACUCUGGCGGGAAUACAUGCCAGCCAUUAAUGCGGUUAUAUUUGUUAUUGAUGCAACAGACAAAGAAAGGAUUUUAGAAGCGAGAGCAGAAUUAAAGGGAAUAUUAGCUAGUGAAUUGCCACCAGAAAUUCCUGUGGCCAUAUUGGGAAAUAAAACUGAUAAAUCCGGCUGCUAUGGUAUGGAGGAGUUGAUACAAGUCCUUGAUUUACAACAGGAGUUAAUUUCAAAUCAAGAAAACACAUCUAAUCGAGAGUGCAAACUCUUUAUGACCACCAUGGUAUAUCGUCAAGGUUACGGGGACGCUUUUCGAUGGCUUGCAAAACAUUUGAAAUGAAUUCGUCGGAAGCAUUGGACUUGUUUAUACAUGUUGCAAGAAAAUCAUUGAUCUCAUUGGUUCACUUUAUGUAUUUUUGUGUUAAAAAUAAAAGUCAAAAGCAA